CGCCUUCACCAGUCACCACACUCGAAUCAGAGACAGAUGCUAUGGAACCCUAAUGGAGGACGCAAAGAGACUAUACCAAUCCCUCUCCAACGCCACCGCUGAAGGUCCAAUUCUCAAAGACAAAGACCUUCGCAGCGUCUGCGAAACCCUCUUCGACCAACUCAACUCCGCCUUCGGCCAGUUCUGCUCCGCUCUGCCUCUGCGCCACCAUGACCGUCACGCUCCGCCUCUUCCGCCUCCGCAUUCACGGCUGCGGCCAGUUGUUGAAGACCUUUCUCUCCUUCUGCGUUGCAGUCUUCUUCUCAUGACGCUCCCGCACCCCGACCAGAGGUUCCUCCUCCUCAAGUGCCGCUCCCUUCUCCGCGUCUUGAACUCCUUCCUCUCUCUCGAUCUCAUACAAGGAGACCUUUCCGAUUCUUGCCGUCCGUUUCUAUGCGCGCUGUUUGAGGUAUUUGCAGAUGAACUUUUAAGACAUCAAUCUUUGAGAAGAUAUCUUAUGAUUGCUGAUUCAGUGUCCUCCGACAGUGAAAAACUUUUCGUGUGCCAUUUCAACCAUGGUGAUAUUGCUAGUGUCCUGGAGGUGAUGUCUUCCCAUUUCACCCUGUCAAUUUCUAACGAGAAAGCGUUUGAGGAUUUCAUAAGUAGACUAUUUAUACAUUGUGACAAGGAUUUUAGAUUUACCGAACUUAGCCUUGUGCCCUCCAUGAUGUUGCUGCUUGAUCCUGUUGUGCUUUCUGCGCCAAAGAUGUUCCAGGCACACAUAAUUUCAAUGGUUUCUGAAGCCAUUGGUUCUGGCUUAUCUUCAGAGAUUUUAGCUCCAGAUAUGAACUGCCACCUAACAGCACUUCAAAAAUCUGUCAUCUUGUACACUAUGCAUGCGUCUAGUUUGCAAAUAGAUGGUUUUCAUGUAGAAUUGAAAUGUUCCUAUAAUUCAUACCUGCUUGAGAGAGGUCACCCAACUUUUGAAUCUUAUAUCCAGCAAGGCACAAGGAACAGAUUAAAUCAAGUCUUAUUACAAUCAGAUAAUUCAUGGGAUUCCUGUCGAUGCAAAAUGUCCUCCAAAACAAAAGCUGACCUUUUGGCCAAGUACAUUGCAUUUAUGAAAGAGAGGGAGUACAUAUUUAUUGAUUCGUUCAGGGACGUGACUACCUCAAUUUUGGAUUGUAUAAUCCAUCAAGCUUUCUCUCAGGAUGCCACUGGGGAUUCAUUAUACAAAAUAACGGAAAGUACUAGUGCCCAAGAUAUAUGUCUUCUUGCGUCCAUAUUGAAGUUGAUGAGUGUUUCGUUGCUACAGGCAAUCAAAUAUCUAAGUAAUGGUGGUGAUUCACAUUGUGUGAAAACCAUGCGAAGUGCCUAUAUGCGCGAGAAAUAUGAUUUCUUGAUCAGUAUCAUUGAUCAUUUUCAACAGUUUAAGUUCUCUUUACCAAUUCAAACUUUCUUGUAUGACAAUAUGAUGAAAAGUCAGCAAUCAAAUUACCAAGUCUCCAAGUCAAUGCUUCUGCACUUCAUAGGCCUGCUAUCUUUAAGUUUCAGCAAUGGACUUGAUUUGCUAGCAAAGGGGUGUAUAUCUGUACUUAUGUCACUGAUGUGUCUGUUUGUUUUUGAAGAGGGAGAUUUAGUAUCUUUGGGGUCAUUGAGGGGUCUGUCAUUGCGACCUUGCUCAUCUGAAAUUCCAUCAGAUAAGAGUGGAAAGGGGGCUAGAGAUAAGCGGUCUGUCUAUCAAGUUGCAGUAGAGUUUUGUAGAAUUCGACCAUGUAAUUUAAGAACGCAUGGAACAGAGAAAACCUGCAAUGGGGAAGUGUUCCUUAAUAGCAUGUUUGAGGGCUCCAAAAGAUUAUCCGAUUAUGAUGAACUUGCAGAUUUUCUCGAGUGUAAGACGGGGAAAAAUUAUUCAAAGUGGUUGAAUAACCGCCAAAUAUAUAGAAAAUGGAGGUAUCAGAAAAAAAAAAAUUUAAGAAAGAGUAAGAAGGAAAUAUUAUGGAAGUCUUCUAAGUGUAAAUUGAAGCGACAGAAAAUUUGUACGUUUAUGAAGCAUUGAAGGUGAUAGAUCUGAUCAAUCUGUGCCCCGAGUACAUGUAAAUAUAUAACCUAUUGUUUCUUGGGCUCCCCGCUCGUGUUAGCUAAAAUUUAGUUCAAAUCUUGCUUGGUGGAUUCAAUAGCAAGCAAACAACUUUUUUGGUCUUCUACAACCAAACUCCUGAACAACUACUCUUCCACCGGAGGACGAGAGCUUAUAUUAUGUACGCAAUUUUGCAUGAAAAUCCAUAUAUUUGAGGAGAAAGCGGCAAACAACUAUCCAGGUUACAUGUUUCUGCUCUUCUCUGUAAUCGUAAGCUGGUCUAUGCUAAUUAUAAGCACGAUUUAAUGAUGUAUGAGCAGCAUCAAGACUCGUGUUUAAAUUCUUCUUAUACUAAGCAAAUUUUAAGUAGAUAGAAAUAUUGAAGGUAUAAUUUUAUAAAUGAUAAUAGUGAAUUAAUUUGAAUUUGAAAA